CCGGCCCCAUGGCGCGGGGGGACGCUGGCCGCGGCCGCGGGCUCAUCGCGCUGACCUUCUGCCUGCUGGCCGCGCGCGGAGAGCUUCUGUUGCCCCAGGAGUCGACUGUAGAGCUGAGCUGUGACGUGGGGCCGCUGCGUGUGAUCUUGAGCCCAGAGCAGGCUGUAGUGCUGGACUGCAGUCUGGGGGCUGCUACUGCUGGACCCCCCACCAGGGUGACGUGGAGCAAGGACGGAGAAGCCCUGCCGGAGCUUGAUCACCUGCACCUACUACCCAAUGGCUCCCUGUGGCUGUCCCAGCCACUAGCACCUGAUGACAGUGACGAGGCAGCCUCUGAGGCCUUGGGAGUCAUUGAAGGCAGCUAUUCCUGCCUGGCCCAUGGUCCCCUYGGAGUGGUGGCCAGCCAGGCCGCUGUGGUCAAGCUUGCCAUGCUCGAGGACUUCUCUCUGCACCCGGAGCCUCAGAUGGUGGAGGAGAAUGGGACAGCUCGCUUUGAGUGCCACAUUCAAGGGCUGCCAGACCCUGUCAUUACUUGGGAGAAGGACCAGGUCACAUUGCCUGAGGAGCCUCGGCUCAUCAUGCUUCCCAAUGGUGUGCUCCAGAUCCUGGGUGUUCAGGAGAACGACACAGGCUCCUACCGCUGCGUGGCCAUCAAUUCAGCCCGCCAGCGCUUCAGCCGGGAGGCCUCGCUCACCGUGGCCCACAGAGGGUCCCUGGCGGCCACCAGGGGGCAGGAUGUGGUCAUCGUGGCGGCCCCGGAGAAUACCACCGUGGUAUCUGGGCAGAGUGUGGUGAUGGAGUGUGUGGCCUCGGCUUACCCCACCCCUUUUGUAUCCUGGGUCCGACAGGACGGGAAGCCCAUCUCCACCGACGUCAUCGUGCUGGGCCGCACCAACCUGCUCAUCGCCAGCGCACAGCCCCGGCACUCCGGCGUCUACGUCUGCCGAGCCAACAAGCCCCGCACUCGCGACUUCGCCACCGCCGCCGCGGAGCUCCGCGUGCUGGCUGCACCUGCUAUCUCGCAGGCGCCAGAGGCGCUGUCGCGGACACGGGCGAGCACCGCGCGCUUCGUGUGCCGCGCGACUGGGGAGCCCAAACCCACUCUACGCUGGCUGCACGACGGGGCGCCGCUGCGGCCCAACGGGCGCGUCAAGGUCCAGGGUGGCGGUGGCAGCUUGGUCAUCACGCAGAUCGGCCUGCAGGAUGCUGGCUACUACCAGUGCGUGGCGGAGAACAGCGCGGGAACUGCGUGCGCCGCCGCGCCGCUGGCGGUGGUGGUGCGCGAGGGACUGCCCAGCGCCCCCACUCGGGUUACCGCCACACCGCUGAGCAGCUCCGCUGUAUUAGUGGCCUGGGAGCGGCCYGAGCUGCACAGUGAACAGAUCAUUGGCUUCUCCCUCCACUACCAGAAGGCACGGGGCAUGGACAAUGUGGAAUACCAGUUUGCAGUGAACAAUGACACCACAGAGCUACAGGUUCGGGACCUGGAACCCAACACAGAUUAUGAGUUCUACGUGGUGGCCUACUCCCAGCUGGGGGCCAGCCGCACCUCCACCCCAGCACUGGUGCACACAUUGGAUGACGUCCCCAGUGCAGCGCCCCAGCUUGCCCUGUCCAGCCCCAACCCCUCGGACAUCAGGGUGGCGUGGCUGCCCCUGCCCCCCAACCUGAGCAAUGGGCAGGUGGUGAAGUACAAGAUAGAGUACGGUUUGGGAAAGGAAGAUCAGAUUUUCUCCACCGAGGUGCCAGGGAACGAGACUCAGCUUAUGCUAAACUCCCUUCAGCCAAACAAGCUGUACCGUGUGAGGGUGUCRGCGGGCACUGGGGCCGGCUACGGGGCCCCCUCACCAUGGAUGCAGCACAGGACACCCAGCGUGCACAACCAGAGCCAUGUCCCUUUUGCCCCUGCAGAGUUGAAGGUCCGGGCAAGGAUGGAGUCUCUGGUCGUGUCAUGGCAGCCACCUCCCCACCCCACCCAGAUCUCUGGCUAUAAACUGUACUGGCGGGAAGUGGGGGCCGAGGAGGAAGCUGGUGGUGACCGCCCCCCAGGGAGCCGYGGAGACCAGGCUUGGGAUGUGGGGCCUGUCAGGCUCAAGAAGAAAGUGAAGCAGUAUGAGCUGACCCAACUAGUCCCUGGCCGGCUGUACGAGGUGAAGCUUGUGGCGUUCAACAAACACGAGGAUGGCUACGCAGCAGUGUGGAAGGGCAAGACGGAGAAGGCGCCCACGCCAGACCUACCCAUCCAGAGGGGGCCGCCCUUGCCCCCCGCCCACGUCCAUGCAGAAUCAAACAGCUCCACRUCUAUCUGGCUCCGGUGGAAAAAGCCAGACUUCACCACAGUCAAGAUUGUCAACUACACGGUGCGCUUCAGCCCCUGGGGCCUGAGGAACGCCUCCCUGGUCACCUAUUAUACCAGCUCUGGAGAAGACAUCCUCAUUGGCGGGCUGAAGCCUUUCACCAAGUACGAGUUUGCGGUGCAGUCUCAUGGAGUGGAUGUGGACGGGCCUUUUGGCUCUGUGGUGGAGCGCUCCACCCUGCCUGACCGGCCCUCGACACCGCCAUCUGACCUGCGCCUGAGCCCUCUGACGCCAUCCACUGUUCGGCUGCACUGGUGUCCCCCCACGGAACCCAAUGGUGAGAUCGUGGAAUAUCUAAUCCUAUACAGCAACAACCACAGCCAGCCCGAGCACCAGUGGACACUGCUCACCACCGAGGGAAACAUCUUCAGUGCUGAGGUGCAUGGCCUGGAGAGCGACACCAGGUACUUCUUCAAGAUGGGGGCACGCACAGAGGUGGGCCCUGGGCCCUUCUCCCACCUGCAGGAUGUAAUCACUCUCCAGGAGAAGUUCUCAGACUCCUUGGAUGUGCACUCAGUCACAGGCAUCAUCGUGGGUGUCUGCCUGGGCCUCCUCUGCCUCCUGGCCUGYAUGUGUGCUGGCCUGCGACGCGGCCCCCACAGGGAAGCCCUCCCAGGCCUGUCCUCCACUGCCACAGCUGGGAAUCCAGCGCUGUACUCUAGAGCCCGGCUGGGCCCACCUAGUCUCCCUGCUGCCCAUGAGCUGGAGUCCCUUGUGCACCCCCGACCCCAGGACUGGUCCCCACCACCCUCAGACAUGGAAGACAAGGCUGAAGUGCACAGCCUUAUGGGUGGCAGCAUUUCGGACUGCCGGGGUCACUCCAAGAGAAAGAUCUCCUGGGCUCAGCCAGGUGGGCCAAGCUGGGCAGGUUCCUGGGCCAGCUGCGAGCUGCCCCAGGUGGGCCCCAGGCCUGCUSUGACCCAGGCCCUGUUGCCCCCUGCUGGAACUGGACAGACGCUGUUGCUGCAGGCUCUGGUGUAUGAUGCUAUAAAGGGUAAUGGGAGGAAGAAGCCACCCCCAGCCUGCGGAAACCAGGUGGAGGCCGAGGUUAUUGUCCACUCUGACUUCAGUGCAUCCAAAGGGAGCCCUGACCUCCAUCUCCAAGACAUAGAGCCUCAGGACUCUCUGCCUGCAGAGGCUUCUGGCCUCUCCUCUGGUGUUGUGGAUCUCAGGCCCCGGGCAGACUGGCUAGACAGGGAGCUGGAAGGGUGUGAGCAGACAGCCACUGGACCAGACAGACUUACCUGCUUGCCAGAGGCAGCCAGUGCCUCCUGCCCCUAUCCGGAUCUCCAGCCCAGUGAGGCUCCGGAGGAGGCCUGUGGGAACAGCUGCCAGCCCAAAGCCCCCUGCUCUCCAGGAGCCAGCCCAGGCCUGCCCAGGGUCCCCGUCUCCUCUGCUUAGCUCCCCUAAGCAGAAGGUGCAGUCUAAGCAGGCUGAUAUGGCUCAUGGUAUGUGACAUGCAUGGCCAUGCCUAUACACAUGUGUACCUGCAGAUAUCAUCAAGCCCUUUGGAGCCUCCUAGGAUGCUUUGGCUGGGGGGAGAGGAAGAAUUGGAUCAUUCACUCCCCCCACACUCUUUGUGACACACAUGUGAUAUGUGAGAGACAUGUGAGACACAACUACGUGUGAUGUGCACAUGUGUGAAGCCACAUGUGUGUGUACUGGUUGGUGAACUGGGAAACCCUGGCUACCAUAGUGGUGACUAUGGCCUCAUYGAUUCUCCAGGUCAGGACAGUAUCCCAGAGUGGUCAGUCCCCAUCCCUGUGGGCUCCCACCUCUGUCACCCAGCCUUUUAUUACACACUCUGCGAGUGUCUCCAAUGCCCUGUCUGACAAAGACGGCCCCAGCCCACUCUCCUGUCYGGCUGGGCUGAGUGCAGUAGGCUCUGAAUGCCUGACAUUUUAGCCACACCGCCUUCACCUCCCAUAACCCCAUGACCCAAAUUUAGAAGGUGACCCUGGCUCCACUCAGAGCAACUCUGUGUCUGAUUUUAUAAUUUGGGAAGUGCCUGGCUUUGGAAAUCUAUAUUCUUUCCCCACUCCCUUCCUUUCUCCCCGUUCCCUGCUCUAGUGAUCUAUCUAUAGACAUCUUGCUCUCUGGGUUCCAGUUCCAGUGUCCUCUUCCCAGUGAGGUCUCCCUUUCCUCUCUCGUUUCCCUUUCUCUCUGUCUCUCUUAUCCCUCAUGUCUCUCCAGACUGUGCCAUCCAGUUCUGCCUGGCUUCAACCUCUGCACCCUUCCCUAACAACAUGGCUACCUCAUGUCUGCUUCAGGCCACAGCAUGACUCCUAUGUCAGCCACAUUCCCCUGAACACACAACCCUCCCUCCACCUCCUCCCCCACUUCCUCUGCUCAGUCCUCCUCCACCGGCCCCCUCCCCAGGCAGACCACCAGCCCCCAGGGCAGGUUUGGAGAAGACCUAGCUUCCACUUCCUCUUUCUGGGAUGGGAGGGUUCUCCAUAGAGCUGAUGAAUCCAAGUCACAAGGGAAGUUUUGAGGCAGAAGGGAACUAUGACCCAGAGGCUUGGAAUAAAGGGAUUUCCUCCCUUCCAUUCAGGAUGGAGGUAGAUUGUUACCUUUCUUCCCUUCUGAAGCUGAAAGGGGAGAGGGGAGCUGGAGUAAGGGGUGCAGCCCAGCACAUUGAACGGGACUGGAUCUAAGGUAGGGGGACUGGAGUCUCUUCCUCCAGGAGGCUAGAAGGGAGGUCUUUCAUAGGAAAAGUGGGUUUGGCUUAUUUUAUUAUUUUUUUUUCUUUUGARUCCUGAGGUAAUUUUCUGUUGACCCGCUGCACAGGGACAAGCUUGACUUCUGUUUCCUGUGCAGUGAAAAYCCUGUCAUUUAUUUGAUUUUUCACCUCAGCCCUCACAGGAGCAUAGAAUGUGGGGUCUCUUGCUCCCUAACUGCGUCUUUUUAACUGAUCUGCACAUCAAGAGUUAACUCUGGCUUCUGGGCCAAAUUAGAAAUAAGCAGUCUAUCUUUUCUUUUCUUUCCGUCUUUUUUUUUUUUUUUUUUAUCGUUGAAAUGUCUCUCAGUGGAGCUGCAGCCUCCUCAGCCCCUGAAUGCAUCUGUGUUUAUUACACUCGGGUGUCACUCACCGGUUGACAUCCUCACCUACAUUUCCUCCUCCUCCCCUCCUUCAGCCAGCCUAUGAUAACACUAAAGAUUAUUAAUGUCGGUUUUGUAUCUCGUUAAAGACAGAAUUGUCACUUACACUCUUUCUGCAGCAUUCAGCUUUGCGGUAGCUGACGCCACUGUGUAUGUUUCAUCGUUGCUGUGAAGGUCAAAAGCCUCAUUUUAUUUUCCUGGUUUGAUUUUUUUUUUUUUUAAGAAAAAAACUGCUCUGAAUUAAAUGGCUGUUUUAACAGUAGGCUCUUAGCAUUACACCACAUAGUCAUUUUUCAUGUUCUUGUUUAACAGGCACUGAGGUUCUGGUUUAAAUUAAAUAGCUGCAAAUGAGACAAUUUAUAACCCAUUAGGUUGGGUGGAAAAUUGUUUCUCAAAAGCAAAUAAGUAAUAAAUCUGGUAUCUGCCUAUAACUCACAGUUGAUAAGAAAGUGGCCAUUACUCACUAGCAUUAUAUAUGAUUUGGGCUCUGGGUAAUUUGGAAGUGUUAGGUUUGUGUCUUUGUAGCAGUAUUUUUAUUAGAAAAGACUCUAUUUGCCUUUUAUAGGGUAUUAAUCCCUUUGUCACCUACCAUUGAUGCCUUAAGUUUUUUGGGUCUCAUUUAAAAAUCUUCCUUUUCUUGAUGCAUGACAARUGUAAUCGGUACUUGCUCAUUUAUUUGUCUAUAUUUAGUUUAUGAUGUAUUAUUUAAUUAUUUUUCCAGCAUUUUUUUUCCUUAUGAAUAUGAUAUUCUUUAGUGUUAAGCUAAGGCAUUGAUCAUGUAUCUACCCCCGUAAUGAAUUAAUAAACU